UUCAUUAUGGCUUCUCGUAGAUGAUACGAUCUGUUUGUUGACAAAAUAAAAACAUUUAAAGCUGUUUUAAAGCUGAAAAUGUCCAAUUCUUCUAUGCGGUCAACACGGCUAAGCGGUAGGAAACGCGGAAGGAAAGCAAAGGCCAAGCCUGUGCAGCGAAAGCGACGAUAUGCUGAUGCCGAAAUAGCAGCUGAAGCCAAAGAUAUUAGUGCAUCGUCUAGUGGUCAGAAUAGUGGCAAAUACUUUCUGCGAAGGCGUCAUGCCAACCAAGAACAUUGUUCUGGAGAGAAGCUGGACCAGGCACACGCAGAAGCUGUGCCAGUGAAGCGGCGACGCAAGUCCAGUUGCAAUCCAGCACUCACGCCAACAGGUGCAGUUGGUGCAAAGUACUUGCAGGAAGACUUGCCCGUGGAGGUUUUACUGAAGAUCUUUAGCUACCUGCUAGAAUUUGAUCUAUGUGUAGCAUCACAAGUGUGUAAAAAGUUUAGGGAAAUUGCCAAUGACUUGAAGUUGUGGAAGAACCUGUAUCAAGAAGUGUUUGAGUACGAUGCUCCAUUGCUGCAUCCAGAAGUACAAGUUUUCAAAUUCAUUGAUGCUUCGGACACAGAGUAUGACAAUCCUUGGAAGGAGAGCUUUAGGCAUCUGUACCAUGGCUUCCAUGUACGACCGGGUUAUCACAAUCUGUACCACCCAAAGGGCAAGAAGUCUAAAGCAAGCAGACAUCUACAGUGUUUCCAAACGGUGGAGCAAGCAUACAGCUUUGUGGAUAAAGUUGACAUGGACGACCCAAUAAUAUUUGUUCAUUCUGGGCUGUACCAGGGAGAGUUCCUGCUUAUCGACAUUGAUGUCUCAAUUAUUGGUGCAGCUCCUGGCAAAGUAAUAGACCAUGUUUUCAUUGAGAGGGAGAGUGAGUCAACAGUCAUGUUUGUAGAAGGUGCUAGAAAAGCUUAUCUUGGAUAUAUCAGUCUUCGGUUUAUGCCUGACAUCACAUCAUCAGUACCGCACCACCGGCAUUACGCUCUGGAAAUAGCUGAAAGCUGUUCUCCAACAAUAGAUCAGUGUAGAAUAAAAAGCACAUCUGUGGUUGGAGCAGCUGUGUGUGUAUCUGGCUCAGGGGCUGACCCAACUAUCAAACACUGUGUUAUUAAAGACUGUGAAAACGUUGGACUCUAUGUCACAGACUAUGCACAGGGAGUGUACGAGGACAAUGAGAUAAGUGGCAAUGCCCUGGCGGGUGUGUGGGUCAAGAAUCAUUCCAACCCCAUCAUGAGACGGAACCACAUACACCACGGACGUGAUGUUGGAGUCUUUACCUUUGACAAUGGGCGGGGUUAUUUUGAUUCGUGUAACAUCCACAACAACAGGAUAGCUGGCUUUGAGGUGAAGGCUGGAGCCAAUCCCACUGUUGUACGAUCUGAGAUUCACCAUGGCCAGACUGGUGGUAUCUAUGUACACGAGAAUGGGCGGGGCCAGUUCAUCGACAAUAAGAUACAUUCAAACAGCUUCGCAGGGGUGUGGAUCACAUCAAAUGGAGAUCCAACAAUAAGAAAAAAUGAAAUUUACAAUGGUCACCAAGGUGGUGUGUAUAUAUUUGAACACGGAAGAGGAUUGAUAGAAGACAAUAACAUAUAUGGUAAUGCACUGGCUGGUAUUCAAAUCCGCACACACAGCAAUCCAAUAGUCCGGCACAAUAAAAUACAUGAUGGCCAGCAUGGAGGAAUUUAUGUGCAUGAAAAGGGACAAGGUUUGACCGAAGAGAAUGAGGUUUACUCCAAUACGUUAGCUGGAGUGUGGAUCACCACUGGAAGUACCCCAGUACUGAGGAGGAACAGAAUACACAGUGGCAAACAGGUUGGAGUGUACUUCUAUGACAAUGGACAUGGAGUACUAGAAGAUAAUGAUAUUUUCAAUCAUCUUUAUUCUGGUGUUCAAAUUAGAACUGGAAGUAAUCCUUUGAUUCGGAAGAACAAAAUCUGGGGCGGUCAGAACGGUGGUAUCCUGGUCUAUAACAGUGGGCUGGGUAUGAUUGAAGAUAAUGAGAUAUUCGACAAUGCAAUGGCAGGUGUUUGGAUAAAAACAGACAGCAACCCAGUGCUACGACAGAAUAAGAUUUAUGAUGGCAGAGAUGGUGGAAUUUGUAUAUUCAAUGGAGGAAAAGGUAUUCUGGAGGACAAUGACAUAUUUGGGAAUGCCCAGGCUGGUGUUUUGAUCAGCACACAAAGUCACCCGAUUCUCCGUCGGAACAGAAUAUACGAUGGUCAUGCUGCUGGUGUUGAAAUCACAAACAAUGCAACUGCCUCCCUGGAGGACAACAAGAUCUACAACAACAAGUUCGGAGGAUUGUGUGUCGCCACUGGUGUCAAUCCGGUGAAAAAAAAUAAUGUUAUAACUGGGAACCAUGACAUGGUUGCCAAGGCUGUGUCCACUGGUCAGUGCCUGUACAAGAUUUCCAGCUACACCAGUUUCCCCAUGCAUGAUUUUUACAGAUGUCGGACGUGUAACACAACAGAGAAAAAUGCUAUAUGUACAAACUGCAUAAAGACGUGUCACUCGGGACACGAUGUGGAAUUUAUUCGAUUCGAUAGGUUUUUCUGUGAUUGCGGUGCAGGUACGCUGAACAAUUUGUGCCAGUUACAGGGUGAGCCAACCCAGGAUACGGACACACUUUACGACUCCGCAGCCCCAACAGAAUCUCACACCCUGAGAGUUAACUGAUUCACCUCGGCCUCAACCUGUGGUGCGGCAUGUUUGUGGUAUUCAUCAAAACACCAUCUGUGAUCGAAUCAAACACUGGAGCUGACCAGUAGGGUAGUUUUUGUUACAGCAGAGUAAUGAAGAAGAAAGUACUGGAAACAUUCGUUUGACUGGCACGUCGAGGUCGUGCGGCAAUAAGUUGACAGUGAAUGCAUGUGUCCAUGUGUGUGUGCUCAAGCGUGCCUACGCUUGUGUGUACUGGCAUCACAUUGUUGAUAUCAGUCUGUGGUAUUGGAUGUGUGUCUGCAGUGUGCUCGAGUUUAAAGCUUUCAUGGAACACGAAAACAAUUUGCUGAAUCAGGGUUUCUUGUCUGUUACAGUAUCGGUCUACGAUUUGUGCGACCUUUGUUUUUUGUUCCAUUGCGAGUUUGAUGUUUGGUUAUGUGGCUGUUCUGCUAUUCUGACUGCUACAGUGCAGAAUCCUGAGAUCGUCAAAAUGAAGCCCAGCAAAGCUCCCUCUACAAGUUGUCCAAAGUACUAUUACAUACCGGUAUUCAGAGCUUUUGUGUUCUGAAGUUCUGAACUAGCAUUACCGCAAACAAUCAGCAAAAACAAUAACAAUGUUUGCAAGUGUCCUGUCCAAAAUGUUCAGUGGACACUGCAUCAUAAACCAAAGAUUUUUCAGUGUUGUGUUUACAGGCACAAUGGCUUAAAUCUGUUUAUGCUUUAAAAACUAAAAAAAGACUUGUAAUCUUUGCAUGAAGAACUAUUUAUAUACUCUGCAUUUUUCCUUAGUUUCAUUUUUAUAAAUAUAUUUAUUUUCCUUUUUUUUUUGCUUUUUUUUUUUUUUUGCUUUAAAUGCACAAUAAUAUGUUUAAUAUAUACUACUGGUAUUUGUUAGUGGAUUCAAUUUGCUUUAAUGCAUGAACACAUAUUCACUAUUGCAUGGGUAUCUCUUUGGUAAAACGUUGGUUGAUAAUGUGAAGGUAUUUUCUUAGGAUUAUUAUAAAGAAAUGUACCAGCAAACAGUAUGGUUCAUUUAUAGAAGAAACAAAAUAUUGUCAGUUAAUGAUUAGAACAAAGUUAACGGGAAUAUAUAAUAGUUAAAUUUUAGAACUCUACUAAUAUUUCUUUCUAGUCUAACAGGAAUUUGUUUUAAAAAUAAAAAUGUAAUGAAAAUAUGCUUAGUUGAUGAUUAGAACGAAGUUAACAGGAAUAUAUAAUAGUUAAACUUGAGAACUGUACUAACAUUCUUUCUAGUCUGACAGGAAUUUGUUUAUAAAAAAAAAUAUGAAAAGCUACCUGUCUUCUAUAAGUUUUUAACUUGUUAUUUGUCAUCUAUGGAGUGUUCUGUAUUGACUGUGGUUUUGGCUUGAACACUGUUGACCACACUGCCGUGUUGUCUUGUCAUGGGUUUUAUGGUCACUUGACUUUAUUAGUCUAUUAUUUUACCUCAGCAGUAAUAUUAAGUUCUUGGCUUACAAGAAUUGUCAAAGCUUAUUGAGUUUUAUUUUAUAAUAGUUGUAUAUUAUCUGCAUAGUUGUCUUUGAUACUACUCUGUUGUGGAAAUGCAUGUAUUCAUAGUGUUCAUAUCUUUAUUACCUGGCACACAUCAGGAAUACAACACUGGAAAACACCAUCAAUUGUAAUUUAAUAUGACUGAAAAUAAUAAUCUUUAUUAACCAUAUGGUUCAGCAUUAAGCAAGUUAAUAAUAAUUAUAUGAAGCACAAGUGUAAUGACGUAAUUUUGGGAAGCGACGUAACAUGACGUUGCUUCUCCAGUCCUAGCUCAGAUUGUGCGUUUGAAAUAUGACGUCAUUUUAUCGUC